AUGAGUCGGAGGACAUUCGAAGGCCCCAUGGACUGGGAAUACCAAAACAACCGUGGGCCUGUGGACGUGUCCAGUCCGUUCUCGCAGAUCCCGCAAAGGCCCUUUAUGGGUCCCUCCUUUGGUUCCUCAGAUUCGCCUUCCAAGCUGGCGAGGUCGGCCAAUCCCUUUGCUUCCAUUGGCGCGAACGCGGCAUCGUCGUCGUUCCAUGCCAACCCCCCCUCGCCGUCAAAGCAGCAGUUCCCCCGGCCACCAAGCUCCUCCAUCUUCAACGCCCCCUCGACCAAAUCCUAUCCGGCCGCGUCGCCCUUCCGCAACCCGGCAUUUACAACGCCACAGAAGCCUAGGGAAGACAUCUUCUCCGAAGCGUCCGGGGCCGAGGAGAGCCCCGCGGUACAGAGUGAUGCGUCCAUGGCGGCCGAGGACACGCCCGAAUACGAACGGUUCGACAGCGAGCUCGCCCAAGCGACCAUCACGCCAGCCUCGGCUGUGAACCGCAAACUGUUCCACGACGAGAACGACUCCCCCGCUUCCACACAGAGCCAACAACGGCAAGCGUCGCCGUCGCGGCCGACGUCAAGUCAUGCGUCUGGGCGUGGCGCGGUGCCACGGGGGAAGCUCGACUACCUCUUUGGGCGGCGCGACCGGGUACGCAAGCGCAAGCGGCAGCUGGGCGACAAGGACGUGGGCAGCGUACGCUCGCGGCACAACAGCAACGGCAACAACAACAACUACACCUCUGACGAAUCGGACGACUCGGACGCUAGUGAAUGGACCGACGGCGGCCGGUCUCAGCGGAGGCGCGGUGGUGGUGACGGCAAGAAGGGCCGCCGCGGGAGAGAGGGCGGUGGCCCGAGCACGGACGGAACGACGGUGAAGCGGGGUGCUAUCGGCAGCCUGUUCUCGGCGAUCCACGACCACCCUAACGUGCCGCUCAUCCUGUCGUGGUGGUUGCAGCUGGGCAUGAACGUGUUCUUCAUGGCCGUCGUCAUGUGGUUCGUGUGGGGCGGCAUCUCCAUGAUGCGGGCCGACAUUUCGCAUGCGGCGGAUGCGGCCCGGUCGCGGCUGUUGGCACAGAUGAACGACUGCGCGCACGAGUACACCAAGAACCGCUGUGCGCCCCUCAGCGAGCGACUGCCGGCGCUCAACGUGAUGUGCAACGAGUGGGAGGUGUGCAUGAACCAGGACCCGUCGAGCGUGAUGAAGCUGCAGGUGUCGGCCAAGAACGUGGCCGAGAUUAUCAACGAGUUUGUCGGUGUCAUGAGCUUCAAGGCUUGGGGUUUCAUCCUGUCAGCUAUGCUGGCUGUGAUUCUGGCCAGCAACAUGGGCUUCAGCCGCUUCCGCGACGCCGCGUUCGUCGACAACGCCAAGCCCAACCUGCCCUCGCCGCACGCGUACGCGUCGCAGCCCGUGGGCGGGCCCCCAGGACCGUCGUCGCUUCCGUCGUCCCAGGACCCCAACCAGGCAUAUAUCUGGGCACCAAUCGGGCAGACGCCGCGCCACAUCCGGCGCGAGUUUAUGCUGCAGCCUGACACGCCAACGGACACGGAUGGCUCGCCAGAUGUUGUCCGCGCGGCCAUCAUGCCGCCGCCUCAGACACCGUCGUUCCGGCGAAGCCCCAGCAAGGGCGAGCGCGAGCGCAGCCCUGCCAAGGCCAAGGCCAAUCGUAGUCCGAACAAGGUCUAUUAG